UAAAUAGAGGCGGGCGACUUGCCGAUACUCGAGAUACUUUACCCGAUACUUAUGCGAUAGUAGAAUGCCCAUCUCCAACCGGCAGCUAACAUUGUUUUACAAAACAAAUAGAAUCUUCAAAUAAAAGAACCAGUUAGAAUGCAGUGGGCGGGACUCUGUCUGCUGGCCGUGGCCGCGUUGUGCUCGGCGGUACCGCGGGCUUCCCUGGACGCGGACACUGCUUUCCUGACGCCCGGCACCACCAUAAAUGUCACGGAGAACGCCUACGGAUCGAAGACCCUGCGCACCUACUGCUACCCAGGCAAGCGCUACUCCGUGCUUAAUCUUUUCGAGACAGUGGAGUUCCUUCUGGCGAUUGGCAGCGAGGACUAUGCCCAAUACGGCGGCAAAUCGCCGGCGGAGGUCUUGGAGCACUACAACGAGCAGCGGUCGCUGUUCAGCAUCACCCUGUUCUCCCAGAAACGUCAGCGCAUCCAGCUCUCGCCCUUUGAGCAGCAGUGCAUUGGGAUCUCUUCCAGGCAGCCGUACAGUGUCAUCCUGAACACCAUCCAGUUGGAUCUGUGGCGCUUCGUCCAGUUCUCAGUCGGCCUGCUGGCCUUCUGGAGCGCCCGUCGGCUGGCCAAGAACAGUGCAUUCUACUACCUGGCCGGCGUUGUCGUUGGCAUCUGCGCUUCCCUGUUGGUGGUCAUCUAUUUGGCCGCCAAGCUCUUCCCACGCCGUCCCAUGAUGUAUGGCGUCCUGAUCGGCGGUUGGACCAUUGGAUUCUAUGUUCUCAAGCAGCUGGCGGACAACCUGCGACUGAUCCUGCUCACCUACCGCGACCAUGUGGUGUGGUACCUGGUGGUCACCGGACUGAUCUCGUUCCUGAUUUGCUAUCGCAUUGGUCCGCCCAAGAAUCCCCGCUCCCAGAACAUCAUCAUGUGGGUGCUGCAGGCGAUGGGCGGUGUCCUGGUUUACUUCAGCAGUUGGCACACGAGCGCUUUGAUCUUCAUAAUGGUGGUGGCCUUUGUGGCCCACUACUUCCCCCCUUCAUGGGUGCGUUACGCCAAGAUGAUGUACCGCCGCCGCUUUCCGCCCAAACGGCGACUGCUCACCCAAGAAGAGUACCAACAGCAGACGGCCAUCGAGACCUCGAAAUCCCUAUCGGAACUAAGGAAGUUCGUCAACAGCCCGGAGUGCAAGCAGUGGACCGUGAUCAGCAACCUACGCAAUCCCAUGCGUUUCGCCUCGUUUGCCAAUGGAGCACCGCAUCUGGACGACGAGGAGAUCGAGGAUUACUCGCGGGCCAUUGAGGAAUCCAUGGAGGCGUCACCGCAAGAAGAUCCCGAGGAGUUCCUGCAGUGCAGCAUGUACUAUCGUCCAUCGGCGGGCCGCAGUUUGCUCAAUCGUUCUCGCCACCGAGUCAAUAUACCACUGCCGAAUUCCCAGUUUCGCAAUCGACUGGCCGCUCGCGAGUCGGAGGGCGAGGAGAGCGAGGAUGAGUUCUUGGAACAGGAACAGGCAUUGCAGUAGCCCACCAGCUAAACCAAAAACCCAUUAGGCUAAGUUCAGACCAUCGCAGUGUGUUUUGUCUCGUACCAACUUCCCAUCAUCUUCUUAUUUUGUUCGUUUUCAAAUGUAAUUAGUUGGUUCAACACUUUUUGUAUGUUAAGUUCCAUUUUCCUAAAGUUUUUUUGUUCAUUACGUGUUCUGACUGGACUGAAACGCACUGUACUUACUCAUUUAAAACCCAUUUUCUAUAUGACUGGUUAGGAAUUAAACAAAAUUAUUAAUUGUA